GAGAGAUUACAAUCAGAGUGAUAAAGGCUGAUAUGCAGAAUUUAGACAAUUUCGUGGAUAUUGCUCAGCCGAGAUACGACCAGAGUACAUACCUCGGUCGUGUACGUCACUUCAUCGCUGCUGUGUCCCCUUUGACGCUCUUUGCAUCAUCUGAGCGCCUAGCAGAAGCUCAGAAGGAGGUAUACUCUGUACAAGAGCGCAUAAAGAAGUCACCUGACGGUGUGUUUGUCACUCCAGAGGAUGCACACAAGUUUUGGAAGAACAAGCAGCUCGUUGAUUCUUCUAUACACCCUGACACUGGCGAACCAAUUGUUCUGCCGUUUAGAAUGUCAGCAUUCAUGCCAACCAACUUGAUCAUUAUCGGUGGUAUGCUUGCACCAAAUCCAUCUCUCGGUUCUGUGAUCUUCUGGCAAUGGAUGAAUCAAUCGCUUAACGUUUGCGUUAACUCAGCCAACGCUAACAAAUCAACUCCAUUGAGUACCAAAGAAUUGGCUUUGUCAUACGUCGCAGCUACCGCAUCUUCAGUCGGUAUUGCUGUCAGCUUGACAAAGGGUGUACCAAAACUGAAUGUAUCAGCAGCAACUAAGGUAUCUCUCGGAAGGAUGGUACCAUUUGCAUCAGUCGUUACAGCAGGUUGCGUGAACAUCGCUGCUAUGAGAUAUAAGGAAAUGCGCGAUGGUAUACAAGUAACAACGAGUGAAAUUGACGGAAAACCAGUCAAGGAUGAAGAGAAGAUCAACCUUGACCAGCCAUCACGCGUAGCAGGUACGGUAGCAGUUGCACAAACCGCAGCUAGUAGAGUAUUUACCAACAUCCCAACACUGAUCUUUGUCCCACUCAUCCAAGCUGCAUUGACAAAGAAGGGUGUUUUCAAGGGCAAGCGUGGCCCAAUGCUUGAGCGUAUCGUAUCCCUUGGAUUGGCAGGUACAUCUAUGAUCAUUUUCCUUCCUCCAGCUAUUGCCGUCUUCCCUCAAAAGGCUGCUUUGGACACUGAGACAGUCUUCGGUAGGGAUCAGGACAUCAGGGACGACAAAGGAAGGAAAGUAACGAGAGUUGAAUUUAAUAGAGGUCUCUAGAUGUGUUUAGUUUAAAAAUAUUAAAUGUAGUUGAAAAUUAAAUAGAUUUCUAU